GUGACCGUUCGCCUCCGGCCGGGCUGUGGGUAGUGCUUCUCGUCACGUGACGGCGGGCGGGGCCAAGAUGGCGACGCCCAGAGAGACGAGGAACCAGCGGCGAGAGCAGCCGGGGCUGUGAAGAGAGCGGCCGGCCGAGUGGCAACGUCUACGUCCUAGGUGCGAGGCGGUGGAGGAUAGCUGGGCGCCAGUUCCCAAGCCUCAGAAAGUGGCUUGCCUACAGUGGUGCUUCCCUCCUCACAGCUGGAGAACGGAAAGAGAAGGUGCUGGCUGUGUGAAACUGACGCUGUCGGGUUGGCAGGGCUUGAGGGACCCAAAGGCCAAGGCGUCGCUAGUCACCCCGGUUUCCCCGGAGUCCCAGGUCUAGAGACAUGACCCGAGAGCACGCUCCCCCGGCCUCGGAAACCGGGGCUCCGCUGAGCGGGUCGGUGCUGGCGGAGGCCGCGGUAGUGUUCGCAGUGGUGCUAAGCAUCCACGCAGCCGUUUGGGACCGAUACUCGUGGUGCGCCGUGGCUCUCGCAGUACAGGCCUUCUACGUCCAAUACAAGUGGGACCGGCUGCUACAGCAGGGAAGCGCUGUCUUCCAGUUCCGCAUGUCCGCGAACAGUGGGCUGCUGCCUGCAUCAAUGGUCAUGCCUUUGCUCGGACUGGUCAUGAAGGAGCGCUGCCAGUCUGUGGGGAACCCAUACUUUGAGCGCUUUGGAAUUGUGGUGGCAGCCACUGGCAUGGCAGUGGCCCUCUUCUCUUCAGUGUUGGCACUGGGCAUCACCCGCCCGGUGCCCACCAACACUUGUGUCAUCUCAGGCUUGGCUGGAGGUGUCGUCAUUUAUAUCAUGAAACACUCCCUGAGUGUGGGUGAGGUGAUCGAGGUCCUGGAGGUCCUGCUGAUCUUCAUCUACCUCAACAUGACCCUGCUAUACUUGCUGCCCCGCUGCUUUACCCCUGGGGAGGCACUGCUUGUAUUGGGUGGCGUCAGCUUCAUGCUCAACCAGCUCGUCAAGCGCUCUCUGACUGUGGUGGAAAGCCAGGGAGACCCAGUGGAUUUCUUCCUGCUGGUGGUGGUGGUCGGGAUGGUGCUUAUGGGCAUCUUCUUCAGCACCCUCUUUGUCUUCAUGGACUCAGGUACCUGGGCUUCCUCCAUCUUCUUCCACCUCAUGACCUGUGUGCUGGGCCUUGGUGUGGUCCUGCCCUGGCUUCACCGGCUCAUCCGCAAGAACCCCCUGCUCUGGCUUCUUCAGUUUCUCUUCCAGACAGAGACCCGCAUCUACCUCCUGGUCUACUGGUCUCUGCUGGCCACCUUAGCCUGCCUGGUGGUGCUUUACCAGAAUGCCAGGCGGUCAUCUUCUGAGUCCAAGAAGCACCAGGCCCCCACCAUUGCCCGGAAGUAUUUCCACUUCAUUGUGGUGGCCACCUACAUCCCGGGUAUCAUCUUUGACCGGACACUGCUCUAUGUGGCUGCCACCAUAUGUCUGGCAGUCUUCAUCUUCCUGGAGUACGUGCGCUAUUUCCGCAUCAAGCCCCUGGGCCACACUCUGAGGAGCCUCCUGUCCCUUUUCCUCGAUGAACGAGACAGUGGACCACUCAUCCUGACACACAUCUACCUGCUCCUGGGCAUGUCCCUUCCCAUCUGGCUGGUCCCCAGACCCUGCACACAGAAGGGCAGCUUGGGGGGAGCAAGGGCCCUAGUCCCCUAUGCAGGGGUCCUGGCUGUGGGUGUGGGCGACACUGUGGCCUCCAUCUUCGGCAGCACCAUGGGGGAAAUCCACUGGCCUGGAACCAAAAAGACUUUGGAGGGGACCAUGACCUCUAUAUUUGCCCAGAUCAUUUCCGUAGCUCUGAUCUUAAUCUUCGACAGCGGAGUGGACCUAAACUAUAGUUAUGCUUGGAUUUUGGGCUCUAUCAGCAUUGUGUCCCUCCUAGAAGCAUACACUACACAGAUAGACAAUCUCCUGUUGCCUCUCUACCUCCUGAUAUUGCUGAUGGCCUAGCUGCUGCACAGCAGUGAUGGAGGAAAGAGGGACACGAGGAGGAUGAAUGGUCCCCACAGCAGCCAGCCACUUGGGCAUGAAGAGCCAAAGGGUGAGAAGCAGAUUUAAUUUUUCAGUUGAUUCAGAUUCAAAAUAAAAAUCAAAGCAC